UUUUUCUCCUGUUGGUUGUUUGAAACCACCUUCACUAUGAAUAAAAGAGGGAAAUACACAACAUUGAAUUUGGAGGAGAAAAUGAAGGUUCUCAGUAGGAUUGAAUCCGGACGAUCUCUUAAAAGUGUAAUGGAUGAAUUUGGAAUCAGUAAGUCAACAUUUUAUGACAUUAAAAAGAAUAAGAAAUUGAUUUUGGACUUUGUACUGAAGCAGGACAUGCCGUUAGCAGGGGCUGAGAAGAGAAAGAGGACAACAGGAGCCAAAUAUGGUGAUGUGGAUGAUGCAGUCUACAUGUGGUACCAGCAGAAACGCUCAGCUGGCGUCCCUGUUAGAGGUGUGGAGCUUCAGGCUGCUGCAGAGAGAUUCGCACAGUGUUUUGGGCGAACAGACUUUAAAGCUAGCACUGGUUGGCUUUUUAGAUUUCGAAAUAGGCACGCAAUUGGGAAUCGAAAAGUUUGUGGGGAACAAGUCCUAAGUUCAGCUUCAGAAAAUGUUGAACCAUUUCGACGAAAACUCUACAUGCUUAUCAAAGAGGAGAAACUGAGUCUAGCUCAGCUGUACAGUGGGGAUGAGACUGACCUCUUUUGGAAGUCAAUGGCAGAAAACAUUCAGGCAAGCAGAAAAGAGAUCUGCCUGCCUGGGAGGAAAAUAAACAAAGAACGGUUGUCUGCUCUUUUAUGUGCAAAUGCAGAUGGAACUCAUAAGUUAAAGUCAAUCAUUAUUGGAAAAUCAAAGCUGCCCCAAAGUGUGAAAGAGGACACAAAUACAUUACCUGUGAUAUAUAAGCCUAGUAAAGAUGUUUCGUUCACCAGGGAAUUGUUUUCAGAAUGGUUCUUUCAAAACUUUGUUCCCGAGGUCAGGCAUUUUCAACUUAAUGUAUUAGGAUUCCAUGAAGAGGAUAUCAGGGCCUUGUUACUUCUGGACAGUUCUCCAGUUCACUCUCCCACCGAAUCACUAACCAGUGAGGAUGGUCGAAUAAAAUGCAUGUUCUUUCCCCAUAACACUUCAACCUUGAUUCAGCCAAUGAAGCAAGGUGUGAUUUUGAGCUGCAAACGACUUUAUAGGUGGAAGCAACUUGAAGAGAGUCUUGUAAUUUUUGAAGAAAGUGAUGAUGAGCAAGAUAAAGGAGAAAAAGGAGUUUCCAAGAUUAAAAUCUACAACAUAAAAAGUGCAAUUUUUAACUGGGCAAAGAGUUGGGAUGAAGUGAAACAAAUAACUAUAGCAAAUGCAUGGGAAAAUCUUCUUUACAAAAAGGAACCUGAAUAUGAUCUUCAAGGCUUACAAGAUGGAGAUUAUAGAGAAAUCCUGGAGAAAUGUGGGGAGUUGGAAACCACACUGACUGAUGAUAGAGUGUGGUUCAACAGGGAUGAUGAAGAAAAGGGUAGCCCCGCAAAAACAAAAAGUGGAAUUACAAAGGAAGUUGUUCAGAAAGGAGGAGGAGCUGAAGAGCAGACUGCUGAAUUUAAGUUACCUGCUGUCAGAGAGAGUUUGGACUACCUACUUGACUUUGUUGAUGCCACACCUGAGUUUCAGAGGUUCCAUUUCACACUGAAAGAGAUGCAACAAGAAAUAAUAAAAAAAGAGUUCCAGAGUAGAAUCCAUUCUAGGAUUGGUAGUUUUUUGAAACCUAGGCCUCAUGUUAUGAAGGAUUCCUUCAAUAUGCCUUCAACUUCUAGUAAUUAGAUUUUGUGUUUAAAGGUUUCUGUAGUUACGUAUGAUGCAGACCUGUUAUGAAUUGUCAUUUUUAUCAGCUGACCUCAUUUUGCAUAGCACUGCCCAUUUAUAUAUUGUUUAUAAUACAUACAACUUAAAAAUAAAUUUCUUUAAAAUAUAAAAACAUUCAUUAAUCCAUUUUUA